AUGUUUCUACACGGCCGAGACGACGCUGCUGCUAGUGACGGUGGUGGAUUCAAGCUCUAUCACUACGAUCCGACGAUAGCGGGCGGCGUCAUCUUCGUGAUUCUUUUCCUCGGGACUACGCUCUUUCACUUCUGGCAAUUGUUCCGGGGACGAUGUUGGUUUCUUAUUCCACUGGCGAUUGGUGGCCUGUUCGAAAUUGUCGGAUACGCAGGUCGAGCUAAAUCUGGCCAGGAGAGUCCUGACUGGACUCUCGGGCCAUAUAUAAUACAGUCCAUCCUUCUUCUUGUCGCACCUGCUCUCUUCGCCGCCACAAUAUACAUGGAGCUUGCUAGGAUCGUCAUCAUGGUUGAUGGCGAGAGGCAUGUAAUGAUCCCUAAGAAGUGGCUGACUAAAAUCUUCGUUUUUGGAGAUCUUUUUUCCUUCUUUCUUCAAGGCGGAGGUGGUGGCUACCAAGCUUCGGGCACGCUCGAGGCUUUGGAGAGCGGGGCCAAGGUAAUCAUCGCCGGCCUCUUCGUCCAACUCAUUUGCUUUGGAAUUUUCAUCGUCGUCGCGAUUUCAUUCCACAAAUCCAUUCGAACAACCCCGACUAGUCUUUCCAACAGUGGCGUUCCAUGGAGGAAGCACAUGACCGCCCUUUAUAUCGGCAGCAUGCUCAUCAUGGUGCGGUCUGUGUUCAGGGCUGUUGAGUAUCUACAGGGGUUUGAUGGAUACCUGCUUAGACACGAGAUUUACCUAUAUAUCUUCGAUGCCACAUUGAUGUUGCUUGUUAUGGUUUUGUUCAACUGGAUUCAUCCUGCUGAGAUCACAUCGAUUCUUGGCGCAAGGCAAUACAAGCAUGGGCAUACUAUGGAUGUCUUUCCUGCGCAUCACGAACGUUUGGGAUCCAAUGCUUGA